AAAUGCCCCGUCAGAGCAUGCGACUCAAGGUGGCGGCUGAGAAGGCCGUAGCCUCCGUCACGGCCUCGCCAGCCAAGAAGAAACGCAAAAGCGUCACUGCUGUCAAAGUGGCCGCUGAAGUGGCCGCCUCCGCGUCGUCUCUGAAGCCUAAGAAGGCCAAAACAUCCUCCUCGGACAAUAAGAGCGCAUGGGGGGCACUCUUCUCCAAACCCAACAAGCAAGAACGUGCUCGCCCACUCGUAGCAGAGGCUAUUUCCCCCGAACUCCAAGCGAAAAUCGACGCGUUUCCCUCUUUUCAGGACGUUUCUAGGCGCUCGACGGACGAUAUCGACACAAAAAUCAUCGCAUGGAACGUAAAUGGUCUGCGUGCUGUCCUCAAGCGGGAUGAAAGUGUCCACCUUCGCGCCUACGUGGCCCAGGAGGACCCCGACAUUUUCUGUCUUAGCGAGACCAAAAUCUGCCGCGACGAGCUUCAGAAACUCGAGGACUUUUUGCCUCAGUACGAACACCAAUAUUGGUCCUGUGCGAUCAAAAAAGGGUAUGCUAGCACGGCCAUUUUCAGUAAAACCAAGCCUCUCAGUGUGAAAGACGAAAUCGUUGUGGGAGACCACGACUCUAAAGGGGUCACGAAGUCCGCAAAUGGCGGGAAGGACCAAGAAGGACGCUUUCUAGCGUUAGAAUUUCCUAAAUUCUGGCUAGUCCACACGUAUGUGCCCAAUGCAGGAGGCAAAUUGGAACGCUUGGAUUUUCGAACCGACCAAUGGGACAAGGCUAUUCUCCGUGAGAUGAAAGAGAUGGAGAAGACGAAGCCAGUGAUCUGGUGUGGAGACUUGAAUGUCGCUCAUCAAGAGAUCGACAUUCAUAACCCCAAGGGGAACCACAAGAGUGCAGGGUUUACGGAUGAAGAGAGGGAGAGCUUCGGCAAUAUCUUGGAGAGCGGGUUGGUGGAUACUUUCAGACACUUACAUCCGGACAAAGUGGAAUACUCGUACUUUGGAUACCGCCACAACAUGCGUGCCAAGAACAAGGGAUGGCGAUUGGACUACUUUGUUGUGUCCGAGAAGUUGAUGCCUCACGUGCGGUCGUCGUAUAUCCGACAAAGUGUUGUUGGUAGUGACCAUUUGCCCAUUGGUUUGGAGCUAGGAGGAUUGUCGUAAGGGCCACUAGUUCGUACUGGUCUGCAUGGAUACGUGUAUGCGUGGUACGGAAAAACGGAGUAUUCAAUUCGCGUAAGCGGGUGACUCGCUUGUCUUCGAGCUUGCUCGAUCGCGUCAGUUUUAUCGAUGCAAGUUCAGAUCCAUUACCGCACUCUGCCCUAGUAGUUCAAAGUAAAUUGUCCUCAAUGUUAGCAUGCCUAUUGCACCGAAGAGAACAAGGCCUUUUGUUAACAACUACUAAAUUUAUAAAAUGGAUGUAUGAAGUGCGGGCUAAUGGUAAGAUAACGCAAGGCUAUUCCUUAAAAGUGUGAGCGUAUAUUCACACUACUAUCAUUGAAAAGAAAAUUCACCCUCCAUGUCAAG